UUGGACUCUCCGCAUCCAUCCAUCGAUGGAUUGUCCAUUUCCUUUCCCGAUUGCCAUUUGUUCUUAGUUUACAUCGAAAAUCUAUGUUCAUUGGACAUAUCCCUUUUGUCCUCUUCACACUUCUGCCAACUUUCCCCACAACUCAAAACUAACACACACACAUUAUCACACCCACAAGAACACACACAGACACACUCGUCUGUUGAUCAAUGGAUCUCCCAAACGAAGAUGACCCGAUUCUGAUCGAGUUACAAGCUGCUCAUUCUGAUCUUAAAACCCUAAUCAAAGCAUCUGUCGACAUGAACACAAGUUACGAGAAGAUGGAUGAAAAGUUUGAGUACAUACAAGAAAACCUGAACAUGGCUUCAAAAAGGGUAGCCCCAUUGCAGUCCCUGUCCAUAGCAGCCAAAGCUCUCGAGACGAGGAUAAACCGGGCAGUAUCUCCAGGCCUGGCCCUCCUGGAGAGCUUCAAGCUCUUCGAAUCCGUCCAGCGCAAUCUUCUUGAGAUAGCCUCAGGGCUGCUGGCUGAGAAGAAUUCAAGGAAGAGGCUGGAGAAGCUGAUCAAGUACGUGGACUGCGUGGAUAAGUUAAAAGAAGCGAUUGUUUGCAUCAGCCGAGAGAGCGAUCCAGCUAUUCAAAAGCUGCAAGAAGUUGUUGAGUUCUUGAGCAGGACUAAGGCCACGGAUCGUUACAGGACGGAACGUCUGAGGGAGACGUUGAUCACUCUUAAGGCAAUCUGUGAGACGGAGGUGGAUUCUAUGAGCUUUGAUGGGCUUCUGGACGAGGCAUUGUUGAAUUUGCAAGACGAGUAUGAGGGCCUACUGAAGAAGCUAAGGCAUCAGAAUAUAGGUGAACAUCAGGGGGAAGCUGUGGAUGGUAAGAACUUGGUGAGUAAUAGUUUGGGCAGCGAGCUGGAGGUUGAGGUACUUAGGAGGAUUUCUGAGACAUUGGCGGCAAAUGAUUGCUUGGAUUUAUGCAUUGACAUGUUUGUAAAGGUGAGGUAUAUAAGGGCAGCCAAAGCCUUAAUGAGACUAAAUCCGGACUACCUAAAAACUUACACCCCUGAAGAAAUCGACGAAAUGGAGUGGGAGAGUUUAGAAACAUCAAUAGCUCUUUGGAUCCAGCACUUUGAACUGGCAGUAAAAAUUGUUUUCGUAGCCGAAAAGAAUCUCUGCAGCCAAGUUCUAGGAAGCAUCAUGGAAGGAAUGGUCUGGCCAGAGUGUUUCAUCAAGAUUGCUGAUAGAAUAUUUGCUGUCUUCUUCCGAUUUGGAGAAGGUGUGGCACGAAGCAGCAAAGAACCCCAGAAGCUGUUCAAGCUUUUAGACAUGUUUGAUUCACUAGAAAAGCUCAAACCUCAAUUCUCCGACGUUUUUGAUGGGGAAUCUGGUGCUGAUAUCUGCUCCCGGUUCAGAGAACUAGAGAAACUCCUUGUCCAUGCAUCAACUAGAGUCUUUUGGGAAUUCGGCCUGCAGAUUGAAGACAAUCAAGACGGCUUCCCUCCACCUCAAGACGGCUCUGUUCCUAAACUCGUUCGCUACGCCAUUAACUACCUCAAGAACCUCACUAUCGACAAUUACAGUGCACCGAUGGCACAAGUACUCAGAACUGAGCAGCUCUGGAAAUCUGGGAUCCUCUCAAAUCCCGAAAACGACCAAGAUUUGCUCAAAGGCGCUGUUUCCAAUGUCAUGGAGGCUAUCCAGAGGAACGUCGAGUCCAAGAAAUCGCGUUACAAGGACAAAGUUCUUGCACAAAUCUUUGCCAUGAACACAUACUGGUACAUAUACAUGAGGACUAGAAACACCGAACUCGGGAAGCUAUUGGGAGAGCCAUACAUGAAGAAGAGAUACAGAUACGCAGCAGAAGAAUCAGCUUAUCUGUAUCAGAAACAAGCCUGGGGUAGUUUAGUGAAACUCCUGGACAAAGAAGUAAUCAGGAGACUGAACAACAAAGAGGAAGUUGGAGGCGUAGUGAAGUUGAAAAUGGAGGCUUUUAUGACUGGAUUUGAAGAGAUAUGCAAGAGGCAUAGGAGCAAUUACAAGAUUGUUUCUGAUGCAGAUUUGCGGGAGCAAAUCAAAGACGCCACACUCAGGUUUGUUCUGCCAUCAUACACAGAGUUUUUCGGCACAUAUUCCUCGAUUUUUCUCCAGGGGAAGUCUUAUCUGCCCCCUGAAUCAGUAGAAGCAUUGUUGAGGCAAAAUUUUGAGGGUGGUGAUCAAGGGGGUGCUGAUGGAAAACCACAUCGUGAUUCGGAAGAUUAGCCAGACGGGAGGGCGUCUGUCGAUAGAUUGCCUUUCAGAAAAGGUCCUCAAACAUCCAGAUUCGAUGAUAGUGAUUUGUGAAGUAGCUAGUACUACAUUUUCAGCUUCUAAAGAUGUAAUGCAUAUCAAAUUCUUCAUGCUGGUUUACUUCUUUGAGUACAUGAGUUUGAUGCAUUGCAGCAAACUAGUCCGUUGUUGUCUGAAUAAUUCUGCUGAAAUGAGGAUGUCUGGUUUGGAGCAAGACUGAGCUUUUAAGUUGGUAAGUGUAAUAAUAUAUAUCUGUCACCAUAUCCCAUGUAUUAUAGACCAAGAUUUCAUUUAU